UAUCAUUAAUUUAUUUAGUUAAUAGUUAUUAUUUGUAGGUUAAAUUGAAUCUAUUGAAUUUACAAUGGACGAAGUUAAUAGCACAGAAAGUUCACAAGAAGUGUCAAAUGCUGAAUCCCCUCUUUGGCAGUAUGUGACUAAAGUAGAAAAACCAGCUGGUGCAUCUGUGAAAUCUGGUGGAAACACAUAUUUUAAGUGCAACUAUUGUGAUAAUGUUUUUAUGGGAUCCUAUUCUAGGGUUAAGGCUCAUUUAUUACAAAUUUCUGGCAAAGGUAUUAGAGCAUGUCGUAAUGUGUCAAAGAGCCAUAGGUUGGAAAUGCAGCGAAUGCAUGAUCAAGUUGAGGCUAAUAAGUUAGAGCAAGAACAGAGAAGUCAUAUUCCCUUACCCCCACCUCCCCCAGGCCGUGGGAUACCUAUUUCCCCAUUUCGGAGACAAGAAGGGAGUGAUAGUAGUCAUAGUACAAAUCCGGUUGAUGCUAAGAGGAGGAAGGUGACUAUGAAUACUACUUUGGAGAAAGCAUUUCAGAAUAAUGCUAGACAUGAUUUAGAUAGUAGAAUUGCUAGGAUGUUUUACACCGGUGGGCUUCCGUUUAACUUUGCAAGGAACCCACAUUAUCGUAGUUCCUAUGCAUUUGCUGCUACUCAUAGCAUUCCGGGUUAUCUUCCUCCUGGAUACAAUGCUUUGAGAACAACACUUUUGCAAAAGGAAAGAGCUCAUGUUGAAAGACUCUUGAAACCAAUUAAGGACUCUUGGCUUGAAAAUGGUGUAAGUAUAGUUUCUGAUGGAUGGUCAGAUCCACAAAGGAGGCCUCUUAUUAAUAUUAUGGCUGUAUCAGAUGGGGGUCCAGUGUUUAUAAAGGCAAUUGAUGGGUCAGGUGAGUUCAAAGAUAAGCAUUACAUUGCUGGGGUGUUGAAGGAUGCUAUAAAAGAGAUUGGACAUGAAAAAGUUGUCCAAGUCAUCACUGAUAAUGCAAAUGUGAUGAAGGCUGCUGGAGCUCUUAUUGAGGGUGAGUAUCCUAAAAUAUUUUGGACACCUUGUGUUGUCCACACUCUCAAUCUAGCUUUGAAGAAUAUUUGUGCAGCAAAAAACACUGAAAAGAAUGAAGUUACAUAUGAGGAAUGUAGUUGGAUUACACGUGUUGCUGAUGAUGCAUCCUUCAUACGUGUUUUUAUCAUGAACCAUUCUAUGAGGUUGGCAAUGUUUAAUGAAUUUUGUCCAUUAAAAUUUCUCUAA